AUGAGCGAGCGGAAGCCCGACGUCAAGUUGGCGGACAUUAGUCCGGACAUGCAGACAGACGCCUUAGACAUCGCCACCAAAGCCAUCAAGGAGCAUCAUCUAGAGAAAGAUAUGGCCGCACACAUCAAGCGCGAGUUUGACAAGCGCUACUUCCCUACGUGGCACUGCAUUGUGGGCCGCAACUUCGGUGCCGAUGUCGAACAUGAGGCCAAGAAUUUCAUAUACCUCUACGUUGGGCAGGUGUCAGUGCUCUUGUGGAAGACGGCGUAG